AUGUUUCAACGAAUCAAUAAUAGUGAAAGCAAUACAAAAAAAUCAAAAACUACUGCUGAUGGUUCAAAUAAUUUUGAUAAAGAUGAUUCAAAUAGUAGUAUAACUGGAAAAGGAAUCUCGUCAAGUGGUGUAUAUAAUUCAACUGCAUCAUCAACUUUAACUAGUUCAUCAUCAUCUCAUCCACAACAAACAGCAAUUGAUAUAACAGCUGCUGAUCUUGUUGGAAAAUUAUCUAUUGGAAAUGUUGUAGAUUUAGUUCUUGUAUCAAUGUUUUUAUUACCUGAAAAAAUGCCAGCAUCAUUUCAAGCAACUUAUACACCAAUUGUAGCUGCUGGUACACUAGCACAAAUUGAGCAUUUAGUACGAUUACUUGGUACGCAAUUAACUGCAGCUGGAUCGGGUAAGGGUUAUGAACUUAUGAAAUCUCAACAGCAGGUAAAACCACCAACUGAUGUUGACAUUAAAUCAAGUUUACCAUCAAGUAGUGGAAAUGAACUUGGUGAUAUUCCAUCAACAUCUGCUGGCAUAACAACAAUGUCAACAAUACCAAGUUUACAACAGAAAAAAUGA